CAGGACCGCGCGCACGCGCGCGUGCGCGUGUGAUGCGGCUCGAUUGAAGCCCCGCGCGUAGCCGUUAGUUGAGAGGAGCAGGCAGUGGGGUGUGUGCACCCGCCGGAGGGGGAAGAAGCCGUCCUUUAGCUUGUUGGAAGGGAAAGAGUGGGGCUGUGAGGGGCCAAGAACGAAAAAGGAAGGGAAAAAAAGAGGAAAGCUUUGGGGAGGGGCUGCCACUGAGAUAACGGGCGAAGAGGAAUAAAAGGGAGCCAGCCAAGAGGAAGCCAGAAAUUAAGGGCGGGAGGGAAGGGAGAGGCGGGUAGAGGAGAGGAAGCUGACGGACGGACUCCGGGUAGGGGAAGUGAGUGAGGGGCUGGGAGGGCGGUGAGUCACCCAGGAAAAGGAGGCAGCUGCAGGGAGCGGCACCCUCCUCUCAGGGCCAGCCUGCUCCCAGAGGCGGUGAUUUUUGUGAGGCGAUGAGAUGAAGGGCGACCUGUGAGGAAAGGGUUGGGGGUGGGGUCCUGCCUGCCUUUGGGGGUGGUGGCGGCGGCUGCAGCUCAGCUGCCUGUCUUCCUCAAGCCCCUCUCGAGAGUAUCUUUUUUGAGAAGGGAAGUCAUAAGGGUAGUAGGUUUUUCUCCGGGAGAGCUUGUCGGGGGGGGGGGCGGUGUUGGGGGAUGGGAAUCAGGGUAGGAAAAAGAGAGAUCUCCAAGCUCGAAUGUAAAGGAGACUUGUUGGAAAGGGAGGGGAGGGGGAAUGCGGUUGGUGCUCUCCGUGUCACAUUCGGGCUUUUCCGUGGCCGGAGGGGGGGGGUUGAGAUUAGCUGGGGAGGGUUUCUCUGGAUUUGGGGCCCCUUCUGCAUGUGUGCACGCUCGCUUGCUUGCUGGUGGUGGUGGUGGUGCUGCUGCAGACUGGAAGUUUGGGGGUGGGGAGGAAAGUGAGGGUUGUGUAGCUGAUGUAGGAUCGUCGUAGGGUCUCUUUUUUCCCCCCUUCCUCUUCUGCUUAGAGAGAAGGAAAAAGGAGUCGGUGAGAGACAUUGGGCGGGGGUGUGUGUCAGAAAAUGAACGUCGUCGGCCUCGCGAUCGCUCUCUUUUUGGACGAGGUGGAUAACGAAGCGUCGGUUGUUGCCGUAGCCCUGGUUACUUUUUGAAUUUUUUUCGGGAAGCCAGCUGGGAUAUACUUUUUUUAUAUUGAACGGAAUUGCUGCAGUUGAAGGAACCUCGUUACGCCGUCUUGCUUUUAAAAAAUAUCCAUGCAUCUGGGUUUUUAAAGCUCUGCCACAACAAAAAUGGAAAACGAGAUAUUCACACCUCUGUUAGAGGUCUUCAUAUCCAGUCCUCUUGUUACCUGGGUUAAGACGUUUGGACCGUUAGCUGGAAGAAAUGCAACCAACUUGGAAGAAUAUGUUGCGCUUGUGGACGGAGUCUUCUUGAAUGAAGUCAUACUCCAAAUCAACCCUAAAGCAACUAGUCAAAGAGUAAAUAAGAAAGUAAAUAAUGAUGCAUCACUUCGAAUUCAAAAUUUGUCUAUUUUGGUGAAACAAAUUAAAUCCUACUAUCAGGAUACAUUGCAGCAACUGAUUAUGAUGCCUUUGCCAAAUGUCUUAAUAAUUGGCAAAAAUCCCUUUUCAGAACAAGGCACUGAAGAAGUAAAAAAGUUGCUGCUUCUCUUGCUUGGCUGUGCAGUUCAGUGUCAGAGGAAAGAAGAAUUCAUUGAAAGAAUCCAGAGUUUAGAUUUUGAUGUGAGAGCAGCAGUUGCCGCCCACAUACAAGAGGUAACUCAUAAUCAGGAAAACGUGUUUGACCUCCAGUGGAUGGAUGACAGUGCUUUGUCCCAAGACUAUAUUGAACCUCUCCUUAAAAAUAUGGCAUUGCAUUUAAAAAGACUAAUAGAUGAACGAGAUGAGCACUCUGAGACUAUUGUAGAACUUUCUGAAGAACGGGACUCUCUUCAUUUUCUACCUCAUGCGUCAGCAGCACAAUCACCUUGCGGGUCACCAGGCAUGAAACGCACUGAAAGCAGGCAACACUUGUCCGUGGAGCUAGCAGAUGCCAAAGCAAAAAUCAGAAGGCUUAGGCAAGAGCUUGAGGAAAAGACAGAACAGUUACUGGAUUGUAAACAAGAACUGGAACAAACUGAAGCUGAAUUCAAGAGACUGCAACAAGAGAAUAUGAAUUUGCUUUCGGAUGCCCGUUCUGCCAGAGUGUACCGAGAUGAAUUAGAUGCUCUUAGAGAGAAAGCAAUCCGGGUUGACAAGCUUGAAAGUGAAGUCACUAGAUAUAAAGAGAGGCUACAUGAUAUCGAAUUCUACAAAGCCAGAGUAGAGGAGCUAAAAGAAGAUAAUCAGGUAUUGUUGGAAACAAAGACAAUGCUGGAAGAUCAGUUGGAAGGAACCCGGGCCCGUUCUGAUAAAUUGCACGAGUUAGAAAAAGAGAACCUACAAUUAAAGGCUAAACUACAUGAUAUGGAGAUGGAACGUGAUAUGGAUCGGAAGAAGAUUGAAGAACUUAUGGAGGAAAAUAUGACACUAGAAAUGGCUCAGAAGCAGAGUAUGGAUGAAUCAUUGCAUCUAGGUUGGGAACUUGAACAGAUAAAUAGAUCAUCUGAGCUUUCUGAAGCACCACGAAAGUCACUUGGGCAUGAAGUAAAUGAGCUAACAUCUAGUAGGUUACUGAAAUUAGAAAUGGAAAACCAAAGUUUGUUGAAGACUGUGGAAGAACUACAAAAUGCAGUAGGUUCUGUAGAAGGCAGUAAUUCAAAAAUACUGAAAAUGGAAAAGGAAAACCAAAGACUAAGCAAAAAGCUGGAAGGGCUUGAAAAUGAACUAGCCGAAGAAAAGCAGAGUCUCCAAAAUAGUCAGAAUCUUAGCAGAGAUCUAAUGAAAGAGAAAGCACAGCUUGAGAAAACAGUUGAGACUCUCAGAGAAAACUCUGAGAGACAGAUUAAAAUACUGGAACAGGAGAAUGAGCAUUUGAAUCAAACAGUAGCUUCCCUUAGACAGCGAUCUCAAAUCAGUGCUGAAGCAAGAGUAAAAGAUAUCGAAAAGGAAAAUAAAAUUCUCCAUGAAUCUAUCAAAGAGACAAGCAGUAAAUUGAAUAAGAUAGAAUUUGAAAAGAAGCAAAUGAAGAAAGAGUUAGAGCAUCAUAAAGAGAAGGGAGAAAGAGCAGAUGAGCUGGAGAAAGAAGUUCAUCACCUUGAAAAGGAAAAUGAACUAUUACAGAAAAAAAUUACCAAUUUAAGGAUUACAUGUGAAAAAAUAGAUGCUUUAGAACAAGAGAACUCUGGUCUAGAUGCUGAAAACAGAAAGCUGAAAAAGACUUUAGACAGCUUGAAAAAUCUCAGCUUUCAAUUAGAGUCCUUAGAGAAGGAGAAUGCUCAGCUUGAUGAAGAGAAUUUAGAGCUCCGAAGAACAGUUGAAUCUUUGAAGAGUGCAAAUAUGAAGAUGGCUCAGUUAGAGCUAGAGAACAGGGAACUUGAAAAUGAGAAGGGACAGCUUCAGAAGAGCCUAGAGCUUAUGAAAACAUCCUGUAAGAAGACCGAACGGUUAGAAGUCAGCUAUCAGGGUUUGGAUACAGAAAACCAAAGGCUACAGAAAGCCUUGGAAAACAGUAACAAAAAGAUCCAGCAUUUGGAAAGUGAACUGCAAGAUCUAGAGACAGAAAACCAGGCCCUACAAAAGAAUCUGGAAGAACUCAAAAUCUCUAGUAAACGCUUAGAGAAAUUAGAAAAAGAAAAUAAACUUUUGGAGCAAGAGACCUCUCAACUGGAAAAAGAUAAAAAACACCUAGAAAAGGAGAACAAGAGACUUCGACAACAAGCAGAUAUUAAAGACAAUACAUUAGAAGAAAACAAUGUAAAAAUUGCUCACCUAGAAAAGGAGAACAAAUCUCUCAUUAAGGAAAUUGCCAUAUGUAAAGAAGCUUCUGUUCGACUAAAAGAAAUCGAAAAGGAAAAUAAAGAGCUUGUAAAAAGAGCCACCAUUGACAAGAAAACACUUGUUACACUGCGGGAGGAUUUGGUGAAUGAGAAGCUGAAGACACAGCAGAUGAAUAAUGAUUUAGAAAAGCUUACACAUGAACUUGAAAAGAUAGGUUUAAAUAAGGAGCGUCUUUUGCAUGAUGAGCAGAGUACUGAUGACAGCAAAUACAAACUUUUGGAAUCACGGCUAGAAUCCACCUUGAAAAAGUCCCUUGAAAUUAAAGAAGAAAAAAUUGCUGCUUUGGAAGCUCGGUUAGAAGAAUCAACAAACCUAAAUCAACAGUUGCGCCAGGAACUUAAAACAGUGAAAAAGAAUUAUGAAGCCCUCAAGCAAAGACAAGAAGAAGAGAAAAUGGUACAGAAUUGUUCUUCAAGAAGCAGUGAGGAAAGUCAGCCUGUCAAUAAAUGGGAAAGAGAAAGUCAAGAAACUACUAGAGAGCUUCUGAAGGUUAAAGACAGAUUAAUUGAAGUUGAGAGAAAUAAUGCAACUCUGCAGGCGGAGAAACAAGCACUGAAAACACAACUAAAGCAGCUUGAGACACAGAACAAUAAUUUGCAAGCUCAGAUUUUAUCACUGCAGAGACAGACUGUUUCCUUACAGGAGCAAAAUACAACCCUGCAAACCCAGAAUGCCAAGCUUCAGGUGGAAAAUUCUGCUAUCAAUUCACAAAGUACUUCACUUAUGAAUCAGAAUGCACAGCUGUUGAUUCAGCAGUCUGCCUUGGAAAAUGAGAAUGAGUCCAUAAUCAAGGAACGGGAGGAGCUGAGGUCAUUAUAUGAUUCGCUAGUCAAAGAUAAUGAAAAACUGGAACAGCUUCAUGAACGGCAAGCUGUUGAAUAUGAAUCCCUAAUUUCCAAACAUGGAAACCUUAAAUCAGCACACAAGAAUCUUGAAGUGGAACAUAAGGAUUUAGAAGACAGAUAUAAUCAGUUGCUGAAACAAAAAGUACAGCUAGAGGAACUGGAAAAAGCUCUCAAAGCAGAACAAGAGAACAUGCUGCAGCAAAACAAAAGGCAUGAAACGGUAGCAACAGAUUACAGAAAACUUUGUGAUGAAAAUGAUAGAUUAAAUCAUACAUAUACCCAGCUUUUGAAAGAGAAUGAAGUUCUCCAAGUGGAUCAUAAAAAUUUGAAAACACUACUAAAUAAUUCUAAACUAGAACAAACACGAUUAGAAGCUGAAUUCUCAAAACUCAAGGAGCAGUACCAACAGCUGGACAUCACAUAUACAAAGCUAAACAAUCAGUGUGAGUUACUUAGCCAGCUAAAAGGAAACCUGGAAGAAGAAAAUAGACAUCUACUCGAUCAAAUACAGACGUUAAUGCUGCAAAACAGAACCUUGUUAGAACAGAAUAUGGAAAGCAAAGACCUUUUCCACGUUGAGCAAAGGCAGUAUAUUGACAAACUAAAUGAAUUGAGAAGACAGAAAGAAAAAUUAGAAGAAAAGAUUAUGGAUCAAUAUAAAUUCUAUGAACCAUCUCCCCCCAGAAGGAGAGGCAACUGGAUUACUCUAAAAAUGAGAAAGCUUAUAAAAUCGAAGAAGGAGGUUAACCGAGAACGCCUCAAGUCCCUGACUCUGACACCAACUCGCUCAGAAUCCACUGAAGGAUUUCUUCAGCUGCCACAUCAGGACAGUCAAGAUAGUUCAUCAGUGGGCUCAAAUUCUCUUGAAGAUGGUCAGACUGUGGGGGCUAAAAAAAGCAGCAUGGUUGCACUGAAAAGACUGCCCUUUUUGAGGAACAGACCGAAGGAAAAAGACAAAAUGAAGGCCUUCUACCGUCGCUCCAUGUCCAUGAAUGACCUGAUGCAGUCCAUGGUCCUAGCAGGAGGACAAUGGACAGGUAGUUCUGAGCAUCUGGAGGGUCCUGAUGAUAUAUCUACGGGUAAAAGGAGAAAAGAAUUGGGAUCUAUGGCCUUCUCUACUACAUCCAUCAACUUUGCAACUGUCAACUCUGCUGCAGGCUUGAGAUCCAAGCAGUUGCUUAAUAAUAAAGAUGCUACAUCUUUUGAAGAUGUAAGUCCACAAGGAAUUAGUGAUGAUUCAAGUACAGGAUCGAGAAUUCAUGCUUCCAGACCAGCCAGCCUUGAUAGUGGCAGAACAUCCACUAGCAAUAGCAAUAAUAAUGCCUCACUCCAUGAAGUCAAAGCAGGUGCAGUUAAUAACCAAAGUAGGCCUCAGAGCCACAGCAGUGGAGAAUUUAGUCUUCUUCAUGAUCACGAAGCAUGGUCCAGCAGCAGCAGCAGCCCCAUCCAAUAUCUGAAAAGUCACACCAGGUCUAGCCCUGUACUCCAUCACAAAAUAUCAGAAACAGUGGAUAAACAAGGAACAUGCAGAAUUAAGACUGACUCCCCUGGAAGUGAGGUGGUAACACUACAACAGUUUUUGGAAGAAAGUAAUAAAGUUACUUCAGCUGAGAUCAGGUCCUCAGGCCAAGACAAUCUAUUAGAGGAAGUAAUGAAAAUUUUCUCUGAAAAUGCUGAAUUAGCAGGAAGAGAGAAACUAAGAAAACAAUCAUCAGGGAGCACUAGUAUUGCCAGAUCACAGAGUGUGAAAGCCACAAUGGAGUUCUCUGAUGGAAAGUUGACUAAACAAGAGCACCUUCGAAGGCCUAGUUCACAAAGAGUGGAAGACUCCAACUUCUCAAACUCUUCAAAAACACUUAUAGCAGGCACUAAAGGAAGGGCCAAGUCUGUUAAAGAAAGUAUGCAGUCCCAACGACAAUCAAAAGAUUGUAAUCCUUAUGCUACUUUACCUCGUGCAAGCAGUGUGAUCUCAACAGCAGAAGGAACUACUCGGAGAACAAGCAUCCAUGAUUUUUUAUCUAAGGACACUAGGCAGCCUGUGUCAAUUGACCCAGCACCAUCUACAGCUGACAGAAGUGUUGCAUCAGCUUCUAUUGCAUGGUGUUGUGCAAGAAACAGCACAAAAAAACAGAUGUGGAAGCAAAACCAGAAAACAGAAAUUCAAAAAGCAGGUCUAGGGAGCAACAAAGCUCCUAAUUCUGUUACCCCCACUACAUGAGAUGUGGGCCAAGUGAGAGAAAAGUGUCCUUCAGUAUUUCAGUAUGAAGCCUUUAUUUCUGAAGUAACCAGGCAUCCGGCUAUAGGAACUGUGGGUUUUUUGUUUUGUUUUUUAUUUUAAAUUCAAAGUUUUUACAGGUCUACACGAAUAGAGCAGUCAAGAAAUAUACAUCUUUCCUUGAAUCAAGGAACUGUACUGGCAUCUGCUGAUUUUUUUUAAAAAAAGACAAACUAUAUUGCACAUUGCACUGUUAAGAUCUACUGAAUAAAGGACAAUUUUCAUCUCUCCUAAGGACCAAGGGUUGUGUGACCUCAAGAAUUACUCCAGGAACUCAGUUACUGCUUUCUUCAUUCCUUUGUGAACAUAGUCACUGAUUGCUUACUGCUUCUGCUAAUAUUUAGUUCUGUAAAUCUGAAAUGGAAGACGGCUGUAGUUUCUUGUGGGAUUUGUUGUAAAUACAGGUACAAAACAAAAAAAAGAGUCCUGCAAAUUUAUUGGCACUUCACAACCUUAUUGGGUUUGCAUUAUUUGCAUGGUGGUGUUCUUUGCAAAAUGAGACUCUGCUGAUUAUUUUGAUGCAUAUACUGUAUUGGGAAGAAAUGAUUUAGGUACCUGAAAACGUAACUGAACAGUUUAAUCCACACUCCAUGUUAAUUCACCCUUUUAAUGUAUUUUCUCCACAAGAAAUAAUACAUUUUCCAAAAAAAGAAUUUGGCAAGAAAAUUAUGAAAGAAAUAUUUCUAAAACUUUCUUUGUCCAGCACAAUCAGUUUGUGUUUUCAGCAUUUUCUGAAUAAAAAUGUGUUUCAUAAAAUAUUUUGUAUUUUAAUAUAUAUAUAUAUAUUUGGUCAUGGCUGAUUAUGGUUUAGACAAAAGUUCGAUGGGGAAAGACCAGUGCGAAAAAGGCCAGAGUCAGCAUUCCUUUUAUUAAGGUUCUUAGUAAUAAGAAACCCUGGUUUUGUUCAUUUAUAAUUUUAUAUGCAUUAAUGUUGGUACUUUUAAAGUAUUUGUAUGCAUUUGUUGUCUUUAUCUCUUGCAAAGAGCACAAGAAAAUAGCUUUGGUUAAUCCUUGGAAGUGUACAUGUUUUCCCAGUAUGUAUUACAUUUUAAAGUGUAUAUUCUUGCAAGCUACCAAAUGUUUAAGUAUUUCCUCAACAUCAAACUCAACCAUUUAACAUCAUAGAUUAAAAAUUUGUGUGGCUCUGUAAACACCUAACACACAAGUAUUUUUAACCUUAUCAGUGAUCACUUUUCUCCCAUUCAGUCUAUUCACAAGUAAUGUUGCAAGUGUGUACAGAAUUGGAGCCACUACCUAUGUUCACAUACUUCAAAGUGUGUUCCUGCCCAAGCAAUAACAGAUCAAACUGUUAGCACCAGCACUGAUACAGUACCACUUUCCUAGGAUUUUUUAUCCUAGGCUUUUACCUACCAUUCCAGAGGGACUAUUUGCAAUAUUGUUGCAGUGUCUCUCUAGCUGCAUCCUACAAUUUGUUCUGCACAUCUGCCAUCUGAACGGGAAGAUAAGAUUGUUACCCUAAUAAUUUCUGCCCAUCAAUUUGCAUGAAUGCCUAAUACAACUAUAUUUGAGGUUUUGCCAGAAUAAAGGUUAAACAUAUAAUUUUGGCAGUGUGAGGCUCUCCUUAAUUUUAAUCUGGUUGUAACAGGAGAAAGUUGAUAUUAGGCAUGUGAAUUUCAUAGAAUAAAUUCACUUACUCAGCUGUUAGACAACAGAUUAUGUUGUGUAACUCACACAUAUCUACUUCUUACCCAGCUCUAGCAGUGUGUAUAUGGCAUAAGAUACAUGAAGCUGAUAUGCAGAGCCAGGAGGUUGCUUUUUGGACUACUAUCACUGCAUAUACUGGCUGGGGAAUUCUUAAUAUCGUAGUUCAAAAAUUUAACUUUUCCAAGCUUUGUUCCCUAGUACAGUAGUUACUUCAAGUAAAUAGGUUCUCACCAAAGAAAUCCAAAGUAGACAACAUGAUUGCAAGUAGCCAAUUUGGAGAGGAUCUUCAGAAAGUAUAUAAAACACUAAAUAAUCUUUCCUUAGCUUCAUUCCAGGUAUUUUGGAUUACAACUUUGAUCAUCCUGAACACGAUGAUGUUGUAGGUCAGCAUGAAGUUGGGGGAUACUGCUAUAAAUUUCAAAUGUAUAACCAAAUAACUUAAUUACAGUGGAAAAAAAGACAAAACUAGAUUUACAUACAUGCAACUGGGCUGUCAGGAGGUGACUUCUUUGCCUCCUUCUUCCCAGAACAGCAAUUCCUGGCUGCUCAAAGUGUUGCACACACACACACACACCGAAGGUCAGGAGAUGCUGCUGAAUGUAGUAACUGUGAGAAGGGGAGAGUCUUGAAAAUUGGAUUGAGCCCUUCUACUAGCAGAAGGCAGAUCCUAGAUUUGAGAAAUUGGAAUGAGAAAGGCACUUAUAGAGGGGAACAACCAUGACGUAAACUGAAUCUGUUACAUAAAGAGAAAGGUAAUACAUAAUUUCCUAAGGCCUGGACUCCCUAAUUUUAAGAAUUCUCAGAAUUAAGGGCUGCAAACCUUUCAUAUGAUGCCAGCCCUACCAAAAUCAGAAAAUCUUGUUAUCAGAUCCCCUAACAUCACUUUGUCUGUUUGUAAGCUUGUUUUAGCCAGAAAUUAGUCUGUCGUGGCAAAAGUUUCAAGCUGAGAUUGGCUAAGAACUGGAUCAUGGUAUUGCUGGGGCUGUUCAGUAUGGUGUGGUAUUUGUUUGCAGCCACUUGCUACAUGGAUCUUUUCAGUUCUGCUUCAUGGGGAGGAAUGUAGAAUAGCUGAUAAUAAUGUAAAGAUGACAAAAAAGAUGAUACUGUGAACAAAACAGUCAGAGCCCAUAUCAUAGUAUCAAGUGAGUUGAACUAGAGUUUUUAAAAAGUGUCUUGUGCAAUCAAAGGCUCUUACCUGGCUCUAGAAAGUCAUCAAACUGCCAGGUGUCUCUGCCACCCUUGAAAAGCAUUCAGUUUUCAUUUACACAUCAUCCCAUCUUUAGAUACCAUUCUCCUAGUGUCCAAAGAUUUGAGGUGGCAUGGGGAAGAUAUGGGAAGAAUUAUCUUAAUUGUUGGAUUCUUUCAUGAUUCUGAGCGUGGGUGCAUACGGUCCUAUAGAUUGGCUUGUUCUGUAUGAACUUCCUCAGAUUUUGGUUCUGGUUUUGUUGUUGUUGUUUAAAGUUUUCAGAAACAAUGUGCUUGUUUUACAUUCAGCAAUCCUAUGAUUGACCAUACCUAUUUUCUUAAGAGUUGCACCUUCUUCAUCUUUGCACUUGUUUUAUAUUUCCUGUGUCUUUUUACUAAGGAAUUUGUUUCGCAGGCUCAGUACUUUUCUGUUGUCAACCAUGUGAACAUCAUCUACUCGGAACUUCUCUCCAGCCUGCAUUUGUUCCAAGUGGGAGGAGGAAUGUGCAGGAGCAUCAUGUUAUUUGCAUGACCCUUGCUCAGGAGAAGUUGGUUGUGGAUCAUGCCUUUUCAAGUAUACCUAUUUUGGCGAUAGUCUGAGUUUAGUAAGAUUUUGUUGUGUAUGUCUGUGUGUGCCUCCUUUGUUUGUUCUUUUAAAAAUAGAAUAAUUCAGUGUUAAGAAUGAAAUACAAUCUUCCCUUAACAAACCUAACUCAUGGGCCUUUCCAGGAGGGCAAGGCUUAUAGGCCAUAAGUAAUUUAUAUUUGUAGCUCCUUCUUAGUAAACCUAAUUACUUGUUACUUGUUAAUCCGGAUAGUUUUCUGCUCACAGUUUAAUAGAAAAACAGCGCCUGGAUUUUGUGCAGGAAAACCAAAGCCCUGUCUAUUUUCACCUGCCCUUUACAGAGUUUGCAGAGAAACAUAAUCAGUUUCUCUGACCUCUACAGACUCCAUUUUUAAAUUGGGUCAGAAAAAUUGAAAUUUAGACUAUUCCCCUUAUGUCUCACUUUUCAUCACAGUCUACACAUUUUAUUAAAAACAGAACACUUUUUAAACCAUUUGUAAAAUCUGUAGCAGUGUUAAGAAAUAACGUGUCAUUGAAACCCCAGACUUUUAGAAUGAAAUGUAAGGGCUUCUUCACUGUACAUGGAAAUAUUCAGCAGUCACAAAGUGGAAGCUGCAAUACUGUCUUUCCAUUCUACUGCUGCUGUUGCUAAGGUAACAAUCGCCUUUUCCAGAAUGCGUUUUUUAAAACGUGUUUUAUAUUCUGAGAAAUGGUGCAGCUCCAGUAAUGGGGCCAAUGUAAGUUAUCUGAUGUAAAUUCUUUUGUAUUCUGUGUUGCUCAAACAUUGUCAAGAAUGGAACUGCCUUAAAGUGGGGAGUACCUGGGCAUGACACAAACCUGUUUUACAGAAGUUGUUAUUUAAAGCUGUAGUUUUCUUUUCUUAUACCUAUUAAGGAUUUUUGUAAUAUUUGUCAUUGUACACUACUUAAUUAUGUUAUUAAAUUUGCAAGCCAAAUAAUAUGUCUACCUUCAUUUUUCCCUCUCAGAAUAAGCUUUUAUUG